AUGGCAGACAACGACCCCAUCAGCAGCGACGCUUUUGCGAAACUCAAGGUCGCACAGAUGAAGGAGAUCCUCAAAGACCUCCACGACAGCAAGCAGCACGGCAGGGUCAAGCGCUAUGGAACAAAAGACGAGCUGACGCGCGAGUAUCGACGCAUUGUUGGGGGUGCAGCAACGGUCAGCACACAGGAAGACGAUCAAGAAGAGAGAGAGCUAGAGGAAGAAGCUGAACAAGCUGGACCAGAUCUAGAACAGAUCGCACGAGCUCAGGCAAUCACCGCCCUCUCCAAGACGACCAGGAAGAUUAUGAAAGAUUUCAGAUAUCCUGGCGGGACGUACAAAGCGCGCAAAGACGACAUCAGCGAUACGCUAGAGCUCUACGGUUUCUGCAAUGCGCUGGACACAGCGCUGACUCGCCUCGAUGUCAGCGCUGACCACUCAGCAAACCACGAUGCACUCGGCGCAGAGCUUGAGCGAGCCUACUUCCAAGUCCGACUGGACGAUGCGCGCUUCGCAGAUUUCUUCCUCGCACAGGGCCUAGACCUCAAGGAGCCCGACCACGACAUGCAGAUGGGCAUGCAAGCAGCCAUGGCGGGCGCCGAUUUGGAUGCCAUGGACAAGGCCAUCAAGGAAGAAGUCAACAUGUUGAAGCUGGUGGUGCAGCAUCGCAUCUACACUUGGAUCGAGACGUUCCCGAUGCCAGAGGGAGACGACAUCAUCUACCCGCAGGAUUUUGUGGAUACGGACCGCAGGGCGCUGAGAGACUUUGUCAUGUUUGCUUUGGACAAGUUCCAGGAGGAGGACGAGGACGAGGAGGGCGAAGUCGACUACUGGGCGCGUGGAAUGUCGGACGAGGACAUUGAUGGGUUGGUGGGGCGAUUGGACAAGUUGCCAUACCCUCUGGAGAGUGGCUAUGGUCAUAAUCGCACGGUUCUGAGAGCGGUGCUUCGCGACGUCCACAGCAAUCGCUCGCGCUCCGUGUCUCUUUCACGCUCCCGCUCUCGCAGCAAGUCUGUUGCAGGAAGCGAGCGCUCCAUCUCCCCGACUAAGUCGCUGCCCCCAAUGCCGCACGAUGACGACGGCGAUGAUGAUGAUGAUGAUGACGAGGACCCGGUUGUCGCAGAGAGCAGCAAGAGAUCUGGCAAGAAGCGCACUCGUGUGUCUGGAGGGGUGCGGGGUCGUGCAAAGAAGCGUAAGGGCAGUGGCUGA